GUGUCUCUUUGCAGCCAAGUUGCCUGUCUUCACACAGUCCCAACCUAGCAGUUCGCCAAGAAAGUGCCGGUUUGUGCUUUCAGUCCAGGCACACAAUCAGGCGGAGAGCCGGCUUCCGCGCGGGGGUCUUGCUGAGAGCGCCGGCGAACCGCGGAAAAAGCUGGCAGCUUUAUGGAGGAAUCGGGGCAAGUCGCUGAGAGAGAGGAGAGUGUGGAUUGGGGCUACGAAGAAGGUGUUGAGUGGGGACUAAUCUUUCCUGAUGCAAAUGGAGAAUAUCAAUCUCCUAUUAACUUGAAUUCAAGAGAGGCCAAAUAUGACCCAUUGUUACUGAAAGUACACUUAUCACCAAAUUAUGUUGUAUGCCGUGAUUGUGAGAUCCUCAAUGAUGGACACUCAGUUCAGAUCCUCUUAAAGACCAAAUCAAUGUUAGUGGGAGGCCCGUUACCGCAGGGCCAUGAAUUUGAACUUCACAGUGUUCGAUUUCACUGGGGCAGAGAAAAUCAGCGUGGCUCAGAACACACAGUUAAUUUUAAAGCAUUUCCCAUGGAGCUUCAUCUGAUCCACUGGAACACUACCAUGUAUCACAGUAUUGAUGAAGCAGUUGGAAAGAAGAAUGGCAUAGCCAUUAUUGCCUUAUUUGUGCAGAUAGGAAAGGAACAUUCAGGCCUAAAGGCUGUGACCGAGAUUCUGCAAGACAUUCAGUAUAAGGACAAUUCCAAGACAAUACCUUGCUUCAAUCCUAACACAUUAUUACCAGAUCCACUGCUAAGAGACUAUUGGGUGUAUGAAGGCUCUCUCACGGUUCCACCCUGCAGUGAAGGUGUUACGUGGAUCUUAUUUAGAUAUCCUUUAACGAUAUCCCAAGUUCAGAUAGAAGAGUUUCGAGGACUGAGGAAUCAUAUUAAAGGGGCGGAGCUCCUAGAAGGUUGCGAUGGAAAUUUAGGAGAUAAUUUCAGACCAACACAGCCACUAAAUGACAGAGUCAUAAAGGCUGCUUUCCAGUAGCAGAGACAAAUUAUUUUAAAAAGAAAGAAAAAAAGAAAGUCAAAAUAUUGACCCUUUAUUCUGAUUUGAGCCAGUUGAUCUUGCCUGAAGAUUGUGUGGUUUUGGACCUGCCUAAAAGCUAUUAAAAGAGUCACCUUAGAAUUCUUUCUGAAUAAUGGUUCAAAUUGCUGGAUACUUUCCUGAAGUUACUGAACUGAAUUUUCCUAGCAAGAAGUAUGAACUAUCCUUUGAAUUGACAUAUUGACUUAAUAUGAUUUGCUUCAGUAGAGAUGGCUGAAGAUGUCAUGUGGAGCCAUUCAUCAAUUACACAGCACAAGGAUAUAAUCUUGAAGACUGAUUCUUUUUAUCUAAAGGCUAACAAUGGUUUUGAGACUACAUUGUCACUUAAGAGCUUACAUAAUUUUGGAUUUAUAUUGGAAUAAAGAUCUGUGAUAUUGUCUAAGGUUCUGUGGAGCUCAUUUUUUUAACCUUGAUUCUUAUUCUACUACUUGCUUGUUGGCUUCAAUAGUUUUCCAAUUGCUUCAAGUCAAUUCCAAUACUCUGCAUUAAUUGAAUGUAUCUUCACUUGGUGUAGGACUACUUGUAGUAUAGACUGAAUAUAGUAUAUGUGCACAUUAAUGUUGUUAUAUGAAAACUGAAUUUAAUGGCUUCCUAUAAACAAGAAGUGAUUGAAUCUAUUUCUGUUAUGAGCCCUUUUAUGUUCUGUCCUAGAAGCAAAACACACAGCAGUGGAACUCAAGAUAAUUUGAUGUGCCUAGUGACAAAUAGCAGUGGAAUGACUUCAUCCUGGAAGUGCUAUGAAGCUUGUGUUUGUCAUAUUGUCACAAAUCGUCACAUAAAGGCGUGAUGUGAAAAAAGUAUUUUGUUAGUUUGUUAGUAAUUGAUGAUUGUAGAAUCUGUUGUGUUAAAUCACUCAUUCUUAAAACACUUCGAAGUUUUUUAAUACUUAAUUCCUUUUCUACCUUCCUCCCAAAAUAAGAUAUGUAGGACACUCGUAUUUAUGCUAUGAUAUGUGAUAUGGAGAAAAGAUGAAAAGGGAUACUUCAAAGGACUUAAAUUUACAGAGUACCUUCUUUUAAAUAUGUAUGUAUUUUCAUGCUUAUAUCUUUCUGACACCAUAUAAAUUAUUCACAUUAAUAACUUAACACAAUAACACAGAGAGGAUUUUGCAGACUGCAAUUAUUGAACAUGCACUUACACAUGAGUGUUUGAUAUACCUUAUGAAAGAAAGCAUAUCCAUGAAGAAUUUAGGAGAAAGAAUGAAAUAUUCAAUCAUUUUGUGUUUGUUUUCUGGAAAAAUAGUUCUUUCUUCUUUAAUUAUUGCCCUGAAAAGAAAGAUCACUAAUUUAGCCAAGGGAUUUAUUCUUUAAGAAAACAAAAGUUGAACUUAGAAAUUUCUUGAAUAGAGAAGAAUAGAGAUUAAUCUAGGGUUCCUGAUUAAACCAAAGAUGGUCAGAGGAACUGAAAAUUUUGUCCAAUAAAGAAAUGAAACUGGAAAAUAGAACUAAAGGUGCAAAAGAGAAGGAUGGGAAGAAAACUUUCCAGAAAUAAAGUUGCAGUUAGUCCUGAUUUAACAAUAGUAAUGGGGACUGAAAUUUCCAUUGCUAAGCAAUGCGUUCAUAAUGUGUGAUGUAAGAUUGCAUUGCUUAAUGAUGGCACUUCUGACAGUCCCUAUUGCUAUUGUUAAAUGAAGAUCAUGGGUAAAGUGACAAGACUGAGUCACUCACAAGCUGGCCAGAAGGUGCAAUGUGAGCAUGAUCAUGUGGCGGGUGGUUGCUGCCAAGUGUGGAAAGGCAUCCAGGUGAUUGCCAUGGCACAACAGAAGGCGGGAGGGACUGUUGCCUGACAUAGGCGUGUGCACACCUGGCUCUUACUUUGUAGUCAGACUCCACAGGAAAAAAAGCAGUGAGAAUGGUAGUGACUUACAGGAGUGACUUAUGACCAUUGAUUUUGCUUGUAGGAAGCUGGCAAGGAAGGUUGCAAACAAUCAUCAAGUGACCACAGGACACUGCAACUGUUGUGUGACCUAGUUGUCACCAGCCCAAAUUGUGAUUGCAUGAUAGAGAGAAGUCGACCAGAACUUGGGGACCAGUCAUAGAUACCAUUUGCUCAGCACCAUCAUAACUGAAUUGUUUCUGAAUGAGUGGUUGUUAAUUGAAGCAUCAAAAAAGUUACUGUGCAGAACUGCAAUGCAUUGAGACCAGAGACAUUAAAUGGAAAGAAAUGGAAAAUUCUGCAGUGAAGAGUGUUGGUGUAGCUGAAUGGACUUAUCCCCUAUCGUAUUUUAUUUGCUAUUUGUUUGAUGAGGAAUUUUGAAGCAACUUCUGAAAAACUUCUGGUCUUCUCUUGCAAGUGACAUUUUUUUACAUACUGAUUCUAGGGGGAAGAAUAAUGGGACAGAUUAGCAUGAUAGAAACACCAUAUUUUCUUGAUACCAGUAUAUGUACCAGUAUAUGUACAAGAGGAAUGGGAAACUCAGUUAUGCUGCCAGGAUUUUCAUCAUGGAGAGUUGUGGCCUUCCAACUCACAGUAUGAAGUUGAAAUCCUGAUUUUAAAAGUUGUAAAGUUUGAAAAACACUGGCUUAGAUUGUAAGGUAAAGUUUAAUGACAUAUUUAAAUGCUAUAUUAUGCCAGCCUAUUAAAACUGUAUGGGGCUCUCUGAAGGUUGAUUUAAUUUGAAUUUCAACUGGAUUAUCUCUAUAAAACCAACCUUCAUAUUAUUUCAAGACUUUAAGAAGAACUGAAGAGAGACUUCUGAAGAACUGAAGAAGCUUCUUAGAUGAGAAGCAAAAACUUUUCAAAG